UGGGCAGCCUCUGACGUCGCAGACCCAGUGACAUACCAGCGCUCGGUCGAGGGCAGCGUGGGGACAGCGUCACGCCACCCUGCCUGUGGGGAAAAGGUCUGGAGGGAUUGGGGGGAGGGAGAGAAGCCUUCCCUGGCCUCAGCAUGUCUGCAGAGGCUUCCGAGAGAGAGCCGGCUCUGAGGGCUCUGAUGAGGGAAGCUGAGGUCAGCCUGCUUGAGUGCAAAGUGUGCUUCGAAAAAUACAGCCACGAGAAAGACCGGAGGCCCAGGAACUUGGCCUGUGGCCAUGUGAUCUGCCAGGGGUGUGUGACUGCCCUGACGCAGCCCCGGACUCGCACUCUCGAGUGCCCCUUUUGCAGGAAAGCGAGCAAGAGCUCCGAGACCAGUGACUGCCUCCCGCUGCUACAGUUCCUAGAGCUCCUGGGCCCGGUGCUCUGCGCACCCCCAUCCGCAGGGGCGGGGGCGGCCAGGGAACCUGGAGACCCGACAGCCAACUGGGUCCCGGGGGCUCUAACCUGCUGCCAUUCCUUUGGGGGUUGGGGGACCCUUAUCAACCCCACUGCGAUGGCCUUGUGCCCAAGGUCCGGGAGGGUGAUCAUAGUGCAUGACGGCAGGAAGAGGGUGAAGGUUUUUGACUCCGACGGAAUAUGUAGCCAUCAGUUUGGAGAAAAAGGGGAGGCCGCCCAGGACGUCCGGUACCCUCUGGGUGUCACAGCCACCUUUGACGGCCACAUAGUCAUCACCGAUGCUGGGGACCGUUCAGUGAAAGUGUUUGAUUUUUCAGGGCAUCAUAAGCUGGUCAUUGGAGGUCGCUUCUCUUUGCCCUGGGGUGUGCAGACCACCCCGCAGCAGGAAGUUCUGGUGUCUGAUGCUGGGGCAGGGUCGCUUCACCUCUUGGUGGUUGACUUUCAGAAAGGGGAGCUCAGGAGGGUGGAAAGGCUCCUGGCUCAUCUUUGCAACCCCAGAGCCCUAGCUGUGUCUCAGCUCACUGGGGCCAUCGCCAUAACGGAACACCUGCUAGCCCAAGGGUCCUGCCCUCCCAGCACCAGAGUGAAAGUGUUCAGCCCUGGCUUGCAGCUCUUGGGCCAGGUGGACACUUUUGGCCUGAGCCUCUUCAUUCCCUCCAAAAUAGAUGUCACUGCUGUGACCUUUGACCACCAGGGGAAUGUCAUUGUUGCUGAUACAGCUACUCAAGCUAUAGUGUGCUUGGGGAAACCUGAGGAGUUUCCAGUCUUGAAGCCUAUCAUUACCCAUGGGCUUUCUUACCCUGUGGCAUUGACUUACACAGAAGAUAACGCCCUUCUUGUCCUAGACAGUGGAGUCCAUGCUGUAAAAGUCUAUAAAACUGACUGCUCAUUCUAGACAGAUAAGUGCACAUGUACAAAUGUAUGUACUCUUAUUUAAAGAUCUAAUUUAUUUUAGUUGGAUUUCACAAAGGAAAGACUUUAGCGGUUCUCCAGGGGUAGAAAGAGGAACUUGUGAUUUCAUCAAGUCAACAUAAUUGUUUUUCCUCUGAUGGUACUACUGAUGAAAUUACUAUUGACCUUGCUCCUCUGAGCAAGAAAAACAAAAAGCUUAUUCCAAAAAGGCAGACUAUGUCUUCUUCAUCUUCUGCAUUGCACAAGAUUCUUAUCAAAUAGGAACUAAUUACUUAGUUGAUGGGGAAAAGGUCUGAGCUGGCUGCCAAUUUUUCAAAUAUUGUAGAACUCUGUUGGUGUUAGUGGCCCUGGACAUUUAUUUUAUGGUAAGGAUACUGUAGUAUAUAAUAGUGUGUAACCUUAACUCAGUAAAUCAUUUUAUUAGAUGCAGUCUAGGAAAAGGGUGUGGAAGCUGGAAUUAAAAAGGUCUGAGUUCAAAUCCAGCCUCAGAUAGUUACCAGCUGUCUGACACUUGGCAAGUCAUUUAAUCUCUGCCUGUUCCCUGAUUUGUAAAGUAGAAGCAGCAUUUACAUCCCAGAGUUAUAGAGAGGAUAAAACUAAAUAUAUGCAAAGCACUUUACAAAUCUAUAACUACUAACUGCUCCUAUUAUUAUGUCAAUAAUAGACCUAAUCAUUAAAGGUUAAAAAAUUAUAGUAUCUUCAUCUGGAACUUUAAGGUUUUUUAAAAAGCACUUGCCUGAGCAACCAUGUAAGACAGCAAAUCAUAAUCUUUUUUGUAUCAUAGAUACACCAGAUUUUGAUAAAGCCUUUGAACCCCUUCUCAACAUUUUCUAAAUGCAUAAAGACAGGAUUACAAAAUUAUAUUGAAUUAUAUUAGAAUAGAGUUGUCAACAAAAGUUUUUGAAACAAGUUCAUGGAUUCCUACUCUAAAGGCAAAUACUAUUCAGUUAUUUUUUUCAUGGUGUCUGAUUCUUCAUGGCCCCAUUUAGGGUUUUCUGGGCAAAGAUACUGUAGUGGUUUGUCAUUUUCUUCUCUAGCUAAUUUUACAGAUGAGAAAACUGAGACAAAUAGAAUGAAGUGACUUUUCCAGAGUCACAUAGCUAGUAAGUAACUAAGGCUGAUUUUAAACUGAGGAAGAAGAGUCUUCCUGACUUCAGGUCUGGCACUCUAUCCACUGCACCACUUACCUGCCCUAAAAGUAUUACUAUCCCCAUUUUCCAAUUGAGGAAACAGCAGUUCAGAGAGAUUAUAAUUUGCCUAUAGUAACAAAACUAUUAAAUGUCAAAGCAAGUCAGGUCUCCUGGCAUCUAGUCCAGGGCUUACUCCACUGUACCAUGCUGCCAUUCACAUAGUUGGACAUUUUUGACUUGACCAACUGAAAUACUUGGUAUGGUGAAUCAAUUUUAUAAGGAAGAUUUACUCUGUGUAAUUUGAAACUUGUUCCAUUUGUUGCAAAAUUUUCAAAAAACUAUGCUCUUUUAUUAUUCUAAAUCAAUAUCUAGCAUGUCCUAGGCACUCAAUAAAUGCUCACUGAAUUGAUUCAAA